AUGGGAGACAUCAGAGAGCCGACACCAGAGUUGGACCGAGGCGUCACAAAUCCAACAACGAGCACAGUCAACGAAGCGGCGACCAACCAGCCUGUUAAUCUCCGUGGUACUGCGACCACGUCUUCAACUACAAGCGGUUCAACUGCACAACCGACCGGGAAGAACAAGGCCAUACAAUGGGAAAAUUGGGACGUGGCCCGGCCGUUUCCUGUCCUCGUUGCCGGAGACAGUGGCAAGGUGCCUCACGCGAUCAACGCACUAUUAUUGAGCGAUCUGGUUCUAGAGAAGGGCGAGUGGUCUUAUAAACGAGAGGGGGCCCCAGAAGUGACCCUUGCCACCACCUCUACGCAGAGCAAUCAAGUGCCGAACUCUGGCGACACGGGAGAGACUCGAGUUCGCCAGACCGAUGGCCGCGGGUCUCUUGAAAUGAGCGAAAACUCAAUUGUGCUUCCGCUUGGAGUCUUAGAGUCUUCCCAAGCACCAUAUGGCUUAGACAUGUACCUCAACCUCACCUGGCGGUAUAAAGACGAGAUCGGUUGGAGCAACUCGGGCGUGUUCACCGUCGUGGAAACGGUCGAAGAAUCAGACGAGCGUAUGGAGAGGCAGAUUCAGGCGUUUGAGACGGAGGAGCACCUCCCAGAUGAAGUCUCUCGCAUCCUCAAUGGCGGCAGCAACGUCAUCCCAUUGGACCCAUCAAACACUGACCUCACUUUGGCUCCGUCAACGACAGGCAUCGCCUCUUCUGCCAACGACGACGCCGAUUUGGACGAUGACAACGAUGAAGGAGGGCUCUCCAUCGGUGCCAGUGCCAAAGCUGGCAUCGGCGCUGGUGCUGGCGUUGUGGGUCUGGCACUGAUCGUCGCGCUCCUCUGGUUUUUCUGCCUACGAAACCGCCACAAGAAGAAGGGUCACGUCAGCAAGAAUCCAUACAACACUGAAGGUCACGUCUCCGAGUAUAUGGUCAACAAGGAGACCACCGGCGCUCGCGUGACCGAGUCACCUCACUCGCCCUACUCGGACGAUGGCAGUCUCGCGCAGCAGCAGCAGCAGCAGCAGCAGCAGCAGCAGCUUCAAAACCAGACGGCAAGCUCAUCGCCACGCGAGACCACCGCAUUCGUCACCAGUGUGGCGGCUGCGCCCAGCUCGUCCAGGCACAACCUUGAGCGCCAGAGUGAGGGGCAGGAUCGUGGCCUUUCCGAAGCAACGCCGCUGGCGGCGUCGACGCCACACAGUGACUUGCAGCAGCCACAGCACGAAUCGACAAGACCAGGAGCGCGGUCCGCGACCCCUCAGGGCGUCAACUCGAACGUGUCGCACCUCAUCGAGGAUGGCAUGACGGAGGAUGAGAUUCGGCGACUGGAGGACGAGGAGCGGCAGCUGGAUGCGGCGAUUGAGCAGCACGGGCACGGCCCGGCGCCUGGCAUGAGGCGCAGAGGAUGUGUCAGGUUUACCACCAUAGGCAUCCUUUGA